AGCCCCCAGGACUCCGCGCCUUGCGCCUCCGCCCAGCUCGCAGCUCCGAGCCACCGCGGCCCUUCUCACCUGGCGGUGCCGCCCGCCCGCCGCCCCAGCCACAGCCCCAUCGCCCGCGACGACAGCCGCAGAGACCACGACAGUGGCGGGGGACGCCUCUGAGUCAAAGAGAGCGCAGCCUGGCCACCGGACUACUUACUCGCCUUGCUGAUUGUCUAUUUUUAUAAGAGCUUACAACUUUUCUAAGAACUUUUGUGUACAAAGGAACUUUUUUUUUUUUUUUUUAAGGAGACGUUUCUAGUUUAUAUUUAAUCCAAAGAAGGAUCUUGGGCAUUUUGGCGUUUGGGGCUUUUGACUUCGUUUCUAAGUGUGAUUUCUUUUUCUUCGUUAACUUUGGAGUUCGGGUACCCCCGCUGCUUCGGGCUCCCGAGGACCUUCUGGGCCCCCACAUUAAUGAGGCAGCCACCUGGCGAGCCUGACAUGGCUGUCAGCGACGCGCUGCUCCCGUCCUUCUCCACGUUCGCGUCCGGGCCGGCGGGAAGGGAGAAGACACUGCGUCCAACAGGUGCCCCGAAUAACCGCUGGCGGGAGGAGCUCUCCCAUAUGAAGCGACCUCCCCCGGUGCUUCCCGGCCGCCCCUACGACCUGGCGGCUGCGACCGUGGCCACAGACCUGGACAGUGGAGCAGGCGCAGCCUGCAGCGGUAACAACCCAGCCCACCUAACCCGGAGGGAGACGGAGGAAUUCAAUGAUCUCCUAGACCUAGAAUUUAUUCUCGCCAACUCACUGUCUCAUCAAGAGUCAGUGGCCGCCACCGUAUCCUCGUCGGCAUCAGCCUCAUCCUCGUCUUCCCCAUCGAGCAGCGGCCCGGCCGGCGCGCCCUCCACCUGCAGUUUCAGCUACCCCAUGCGGGCCGGGGGCGACCCGGGCGUGGCCCCGGGCGGCACUGGCGCCGGCCACCUGUACGGCCGGGAGUCGGCGCCCCCUCCCACGGCUCCCUUCAACCUGGCGGAUAUCAACGAUGUGAGCCCUUCGGGCGGUUUCGUGGCCGAACUCCUGCGGCCCGAAUUGGACCCAGUGUACAUUCCGCCGCAGCAGCAGCCGCCGCCAGGUGGCGGGCUGAUGGGCAAGUUUGUGCUGAAGGCGUCACUGAGCGCCCCUGGAAGCGAGUAUGGCAGUCCCUCGGUCAUCAGUGUUAGCAAAGGCAGCCCAGACGGCAGCCACCCGGUGGUGGUGGCGCCCUACAGCGGCGGACCGCAGCGCAUGUGCCCCAAGAUCAAGCAGGAGGCGGUGCCCUCUUGCACGGUCGGCCGACCCCUGGAGGCCCACUUGGGUGCUGGACCGCCGCUCAGCAACGGGCACCGGCCAAGCGCACACGACUUCCCCCUGGGGCGCCAGCUCCCGAGCAGGACUAACCCGACCCUGAGUCCCGAGGAACUGCUGAGCACCAGGGACUGUCACCCCGCCCUGCCACUUCCCCCAGGAUUCCAUCCCCAUCCGGGACCCAACUACCCACCCUUCCUGCCUGACCAGAUGCAGCCGCAGGUCCCACCGAUUCACUACCAAGGUCAGUCUGGGGGAUUCCUAGCUCGGGCUGGGGAGGUCUGUGUAUGUUGGGCUCCCAUGAUGUUGACCCCAACUUCUUCACCCCUAGAGCUCAUGCCACCCGGUUCCUGCCUGCCAGAGGAGCCCAAGCCAAAGAGGGGAAGAAGGUCGUGGCCCCGGAAAAGGACAGCCACCCAUACUUGUGAUUAUGCGGGCUGUGGCAAGACCUAUACAAAGAGUUCUCAUCUCAAGGCACACCUGCGAACCCACACAGGUGAGAAGCCAUACCACUGUGACUGGGAUGGCUGCGGGUGGAAGUUUGCCCGCUCCGAUGAACUGACCAGGCACUACCGCAAACACACGGGGCACCGCCCCUUCCAGUGCCAGAAGUGCGACCGGGCCUUCUCCAGGUCGGACCACCUGGCCUUACACAUGAAGCGGCACUUUUAAAUCCCAGAGUGGACAUGACCCGCACUGCCAGGAGACAAUUCAGUAUUUUUUUAAAACCUUUUACACUGUCUUCCCACAAGAGGAGGAGCCCAGCUGGCAAGCACAACAAUCAUCACGGUCAAGUUCCCAGGAGGUCCGCUUGAGAGUGGUUAAUCGGGAGAAAGGAGAAAUCCAAAAGACAUAAAAAUCAAAGAACAGAUGGGGUCUGUGACUGGAUCUUCUAUCAUUCCAAUUCUAAAUCCAACUUGAACAUGCCCGGACUUACAAAACGCCAUGGGAGAGACUGGAAGUUGUGGAUAUCAGGGUAUAAAUUAGAUCCAUGAGUUGGGGAGGGCGGGAAGACCCGGAUUUUCUUGAAUUGUGUUUCGAUGCAAUAUAAGUAUAAAGAUCACCUUGUAUUCUCUUUGCCUUCUAAAAGCCAUUAGUAUGAUGUUAGGAGAAGAGGAAGAAAUUCAGGUACAGAAAAUGUGUUUUAAUGGCCUACAUGAUGGUGCUUGGUGAGUCUUGGUUCUAAAGGUACCAAAUGAGGAAGCCAAAGUUCUUCUCAAACUGCUGCAUACUUUGACAAGGAAAAUCUAUUUUUGCCUUCCGAUCUACAUUUAUGACCUAAGUCAGGUAAAUAUACCUGGUUUACUUUAACAUUUUUAUGCAAACAGUCUGUUAUGCACUGUGGUUUCAGAUGUGCAAUACUUUGUACAAUGGUUUAUUCCCAAGUAUGCCUUAAACAGGACAAAUGUGUUUUUUCUACAUAGUUCCUUGCCUUAAUAAAUAUGUAAUAUAAAUUUAAGCAAACUUCUAUUUUGUAUAUUUGUAAACUACGAAGUAAAGAAAUGAACAUUUUGUGGAGUUUGUAUUUUGCAUACUCAAGGUGAGAAAUAAGUUUUAAAUAAACCUAUAAUAUUUUGUCUGAAUAACAA